GCUCAUUGGAUUCCCUCACUCUUUCCUCCUGCACACCAUUCAUUCCUUGUUGGUAUGUUUUAAGCCAAAGAAAUAUACUCUUCCUCGUUAUCCCUCCCUCAGAUCUCCUCAAUUUUACCAUCAACAAAUUUCCCCACCCAAACAAGGCAUUAUCAUCUUCAGUCUUUUUCUUAUAUUGGGGGCAUUCGAGAAUAAUCAGAAACUGCAAAGGGAAGCCACAAUGUUGUCAUUUUCUUACUCAUUGCCUCUCUUCCUCUGUUUUAUCUCAAGCUUUAACGGAAUCUUUGCUGCCACAGAGUUCGAUUUCGGUACGUUAAACCUCAGCAGCUUGAAGCUCCUUGGUGACGCUCACUUAAACAAUGGGAGCGUCAGGCUCACUCGCGACCUCCAAGUACCCGCUUCCGUCGCCGGCAGAGCCUUGUACUCGAAACCCGUCAGAUUCCGGGAACCCCAGACUCAUUCUCCUUGUAGCUUCUCCACCUUCUUCUCCUUCUACAUUACCAACCUUAACCCGUCUUCUAUCGGCGGUGGUUUAGCCUUUGUCAUUUCCCCGGAUGGUGAUUUCAUUGGCGCCGGCGGCGGCUCUUUGGGACUCUUAGAUGAUAAGGGUCGGGGCUCGGGGUUCGUUGCUGUUGAAUUCGACACUCUUAUGGACGUAGAAUUCGAUGAUUUUAAUGGGAACCAUGUUGGUUUGGAUCUCAACAGCAUGGUUUCUUCUCAAGUUGGUGACUUGGGGGCUUUAGAUAUUGAUCUAAAAAGUGGGGAUCUCGUUAAUUCAUGGGUCGAAUACGAUGCUUCAUCUGGGAUUUUCAAUAUCUCCGUUUCUUACUCAACCUUGAAGCCUAAAGAGCCCAUGUUAUCAUUCCCUCUAGAUCUCGAUCAUUAUGUUAAUGAUUUCAUGUACGUAGGAUUUUCAGGCUCGACACAAGGAAGCACCGAGGUCCAUAGCAUUGAAUGGUGGAGUUUUAGCUCUUCUUUCAACUCAACUUCUCCGCCGCCUCCAACGGCUACUUUAAUGAACCCAACGGCUAAUAUUGUUAAAUCAAAGCCACCUUCAUUGGCUCCUUCAGAUUCUCAUUUGAGUAAGUCUUCGUCUUCUUCUUCUUGUCAUAACCAGCUUUGUAAGCAAGGUCCAGGGGCAGUUGCAGGGGUGGUAACGGCUGGGGCUUUCGUUUUAGCCUUAUUUGCUGGGGCUCUCAUAUGGGUUUACUCUAAAAAGUUGAAGCAUGUGAAGAAAUCCGAGUCUUUUCCAUCGGAGAUUAUCAAAAUGCCAAAAGAGUUCAGAUACAAAGAGCUGAAAGCAGCUACGAGAUGCUUCGAUGCUAAUAGAAUUAUCGGUCACGGUGCGUUUGGGACUGUCUACAAAGGCAUUUUACCGGAUAAUGGCAACAUUGUGGCUGUCAAGAGAUGUAGUCAUACUAGUCAAGGCAAGAAUGAGUUUUUAUCUGAAUUGUCAAUAAUUGGGACCCUUAGGCAUCGAAAUCUUGUAAGAUUGCAAGGAUGGUGCCAUGAGAAAGGUGAAAUUUUAUUAGUUUAUGAUUUAAUGCCUAAUGGGAGUCUGGAUAAAGCAUUAUUUGAAGCCAGAACGCCAUUACCAUGGGCUCAUAGGCAGAAAAUUUUGUUAGGAGUUGCCUCUGCUUUGGCCUAUUUGCAUCAAGAGUGUGAUCACCAGGUUAUUCAUAGAGACGUUAAGACCAGCAACAUAAUGCUGGAUGAAGGGUUCAACGCAAAGCUAGGCGAUUUUGGUUUAGCAAGGCAAAUUGAGCAUGAUAAAUCGCCUGAUGCCACGGUAGCUGCCGGCACAAUGGGAUAUUUGGCUCCCGAAUAUCUUCAAACUGGGAGAGCAACCGAGAAAACGGAUGUGUUUAGCUUUGGAGCUGUGGUUCUAGAGGUGGCUAGUGGAAGAAGACCAAUCGAGAGAAAUGCCAAUGCAGCGGCAAAAGUUGGAGCGAAUGGGAAUUUGGUGGAAUGGGUUUGGAGUUUGCGUAGAGAAGGGAGAUUGUUAGCUGCAGCUGAUGCCAGGUUGGAAGGUAAUUUCAAUGAGGGUGAGAUGAGGAGGGUCCUCCUGGUGGGGUUAGCAUGUUCACACCCUGACCCACUGGCUAGACCCACAAUGAGAGGCGUGGUCCAAAUGCUGGUGGGGGAAGCCCAGGUCCCAAUUGUUCCAAAAGCUAAACCCUCAAUGAGUUUCAGCACUUCUCAUCUAUUGUUGAGCUUGCAGGACACUAUAUCUGACUGCAACGAUAUGAUAAACUUCUUCAGUUCCUCGUCAGAAAAUAGCCACAUUGGUCCGGACCUUGUCUAAUAAAUAAUAAAAGGGCUGAGUUCCCCAAUAACAUGUAAAAGCACAAGUUUUAGGGAAUUGGGGACCAAGAAAAAUGGUGGGGGGAGUGAUUGAAGGUUGCCUAGUUGAUUCCACAAGCAAUCCCCAUUGUCAAAGGGCAGACAUGGGGGUUUGAGUAGACACUUGGUAAAGUACAGUGAAAAAUGUUUCAUAUUUAUUAUUUUAUUUUAUUUUUAAUUAAGAAACUUUAUUGAGUGGCGGUUGGUCA